CUCCUGUAUUUCCGGUUUAGAAAAAUAUUGUUUGGCAUUUUUGGCACAUGAUGUUCCCCAAUGAUUAAUACAGAAUACAAUGAUUAAUAGAUUCCUCAAGAAGAUACAAUGUAAAGGCAAACAGAUGAAUUGAAAGAAAAAUAGUAUUUAAUUCAGAGAAAAGCAUUCAUAUAGAGAAAAUGGCAUCAAGUUUCAGUUCAAAUACUUCAUCAGAAGACACCCCUAGGUUUAUGUCAAUUUUAUCUGGAGAAUUGAUGGACCUUCCCGUCGAUUCAAGACAUGGUAAAUGUCGUAGUGUAAGUGACUUUGAAAAACUGAGCCGAGUGGGAGAGGGGACAUAUGGAAUAGUAUACAGAGCUAGAGAUAGGAGAACAAAUUACAUCGUUGCAUUGAAAAAAAUGAGAAUGGAGAAAGAAAAGAAUGGAAUUCCAAUUAGCGGCCUUAGGGAAAUUAACAUUUUGCUUAAUCUUCGACAUACAAAUAUUGUUGAAAUGUCUGAAGUUGUUGUAGGAAGGAGUCUUGAAAGUAUUUUUCUAGUAAUGGAAUACUGUGAGCAAGAUCUUGCUUCUUUAUUGGACAAUAUGUCUGCCCCUUUCACAGAGGCUCAGGUCAAAUGUAUUAUGAUUCAGUUAUUAAAAGCACUGAGGUAUUUGCAUGAAAAUUUCAUCCUUCACCGAGAUCUAAAAGUAUCAAAUUUACUUAUGACAGAUAAAGGCUGUGUUAAAAUAGCAGACUUUGGAUUGGCCAGGAAGUAUGCUUUCCCAGAACAACCAAUGACACCAAGAGUAGUAACUCUUUGGUACAGGGCACCAGAACUACUAUUGGGAUCUAAGACGCAGACAACAGCCUUAGAUAUGUGGUCUGCAGGAUGUAUAUUUGGUGAGUUGUUAGCUCAUAAGCCCCUUAUACCAGGUCGUUCUGAAAUCCAUCAAUUAGAAAUGACCAUAGAACUGUUUGGUACCCCUAGUGAAGCAAUCUGGCCAGGAUUCAACGAUUUACCAGGAAUGAAAGAUAUCACUUUGAAGAAACAACCAUACAACAAUGUCCGUCAUACUUUCCCAUGGUUGACCGAUGCUGGAAUCAGACUUUUAAACUAUUUGUUCAUGUAUGACCCAGAAAAGCGAGCUUCGGCCGAGGAUGCUUUAGAUAGCUCGUAUUUCAAAGAACAACCUUAUCCAUGUGAACCAGAGUUUAUGCCAUCGUUUCCUCAUCAUAGGUUAAAACGAAAAGAAGAGACAAGAGAAAAAUGAUUUUGAUAGAGAAGAUAAGAUCAUGGAUAAAUUUGUUGUAAAGUUACUAUUGCAUUUAAGUUAGAAUGUUAAAAUGCAUUUAUAUGUGUGAGACAUGUACAAAAGUCAAUUCAGUAUACCCGGUAUAUAUAUAGAGUGAGUUCAACAGUUGGAGUAGAGUUUUAAUAUGAUGUUAAAAGAGGAUAACAUUUUAAAAAAUGCCAAUAAAAUGUACCUUUAUUGUAAUAAAAUACAUUCACAGAAAACACAAACAUGACAAAAUUUCUGAACUAAAUAUGAGAAAUUUAUGAUCAUUGUUAUAGAUCAUAUAUAUAUAUAUAUCAUUCAUCAUGUUGUAUAUAAAUAAAGAAAAAAAUGAUGGGAUGCUGUUUUCUUUGUCAUGUUUGUCUUCUGGUCA